AAAAAACAGAAAAGGGGAAACGAUGAAGCCAAGAAGUUCCCCGUCACUGUUCAAACUUCGAACCGUUCCCUCCAUGUGAAGAAAUGCCGCGAAACAAAGACGAGCUUCCUGCCGUUCGCGUCUAUACAGUUUGCGAUGAAUCAAGGUACCUGAUAGUUAGGAAUGUACCAGCAUUAGGAUGCGGCGAUGAGCUGUUGAAAUUGUUUGGAUCGUAUGGGGAGAUAGAAGAGUGCAAACCUAUGGAUGAAGAAGACUGCGAACCAUUUACGGAUGUUUACUGGAUCAAAUUUGUACAGGUCAGCAACGCCAGGUUUGCAAAGCGGAAACUGGAUGAGUUUGUUUUCUAUGGGAAUAGACUGCAGGUCUCUUACGCUCCUUAUUUUGAGAGCCUUUCUGACACAAAGGAAAAACUAGAAGGCAGGAGAAAGGAAGUUCUUGCCCGAUUAAAUCCAGGAAGAACCAAAGGGCCUACAUCUCAUAACCAAGGUGUUGUUAGUGAGUCUUUUGUGUCUCCAGCUCCACUGCCAUCCAAUUGCAUUCCCCAUCAAAUGAUAUCUAAACAAAGAGAGCAUGCCGAAUCAGAACAGUCUAGUCACAUGAAUGAUCCACCCCUUCCGAUGGUGUCAUCUAACCAGGAGUACUUUUCAUCCCCAUCCAUGAAUGAGACGGUUCAAUUAGUCAGGGACAAGCUUGAUAAGAUACAAUCAAGCCCGCAUCUGGAUGCCCAACCUGCACUCAAGAAACCACGAGUGGACAACAGGAGAAGAAUUUGAUGAAUCCUUGUCCCAUUGAAGAACCAAAUGCAUGAU